AUGUUCAGACCCAAUGGCUCAGUCUUCAUGCCCUCUGUACUAACGCUCAUUGGGAUUCCUGGCCUGCAGUCCGUGCAGUGUUGGAUUGGGAUUCCAUUCUGUUUCAUGUACCUUAUGGCAAUGACUGGGAAUACUCUAAUUUUAGUGAUAAUCAAAUAUGAAAACAGCCUUCAUAGUCCAAUGUACAUUUUUCUGGCCAUGUUGGGAGCUACAGACAUUGCACUUAGCACGUGUAUUCUUCCCAAAAUGUUAGGCAUCUUUUGGUUUCAUUUGACAGAGAUUUCCUUUGAUGUCUGUCUUCUACAAAUGUGUCUUAUCCACUCAUUCCAGGCAAUUGAAUCAGGUGUUUUACUGGCCAUGGCCCUAGAUCGCUAUGUGGCCAUCUGUAACCCCUUGAGACAUGGCAGUAUCUUCUCCCAAAAUCUCUUGACUUACAUUGGAAUUGCUGUGAUACUCAGGGCUGUCGUUCUUGUAGCACCAUGCAUAGUGCUUAUCAAAUAUCGUCUUAAAUUCUACCGAACCACAGUCAUCUCCCACUCUUACUGUGAGCACAUGGCCAUUGUGAAGCUGGCUACUGAAGAUAUACGGAUCAACAAGAUAUUAGGUCUGUUUGUUGCCUUCACUAUCUUAGGAUUUGACAUCAGCUUUAUCACUUUGUCCUAUGUUCAGAUCUUUGUCACUGUCUUUCAACUACCCCAUAAGGAGGCAAGAGUGAAAGCCUUCAAUACCUGCAUCGCUCAUAUUUGUGUCUUCCUGCAGUUCUACCUCCUUGGCUUCUUCUCUUUCUUCACUCACAGGUUUGGUUCUCACAUACCACCAUACGUUCAUAUCCUUUUAUCUAGCCUUUACCUGUUAGUUCCACCUUUUCUCAACCCAAUCGUCUAUGGAGUGAAGACCAAACAAAUCCGUGACCAUGUCCUGAAAAUGAUCUUCUCCAAAAGACGUCCUGAUCAUUAG